AUGUCUCGUGGCGUCAAGCGAGACAACGCUCAAUUUGAGCAACAACAUACGAAAGAUGGCGACCGCGGCGAAGACGGCGAGUACCACUCGACAUAUCAACCGAACAACAAGUUCGAGCUUUCCGCCCCUCAUACCGUACAGCGCACACCUUCGACAAGCGGUAUCCUCCCUAGCCCUGCUCGUAUGAAUGGCAACCCAGAGUCGUAUGUCCUCAGUGAUAUUGGCGAUGUGAGCCCGUACGACCUCGCCACGGAGGAACGUCCUCGCUUGGCGGUAUACUGCGACAGCUUUUCCAAAGCAGAGAACGGCGUCGGCAGAAUCAUCCAGAAGUUCAUUCGGACCCAUGAAAAUCUUCGAGCGAAAAAAUACCACGAUCAAGCAAUCUCUCGCGUGUGCGAUACUCUGGCAGAACUUGCAGUGCUCUCACACCACUAUAAAGCCAUGGGUCCCGUUGCGUGCCUUGGAGCAGCUGGAGUUGCCAAGUCCUCGACGGUGAACUCGAUCAUGAGCAAGAAAAUGCUCGCGAUCGAACACGGUGGUCACGAGCGAGGCACCUACGUGGUGCACGAAUAUCUGGGCCCACAUCCCGCGCAGAAGACACCAUACUACGUGCUGGUCCUGUUUCAUUCAGAGCAAACAGUGAAGUCUCUGGUGAGACGUCACUGUGGCAUUCUUCUCCAAAAGUCCGAAGACUCCGAUGAUGGGGAGGAGCAGGAGGAGGCAGAUGAACUGGGCCAGAAGCAGGGUACAGCCGUCGACUUCUUCCACACGGUAAUGCGCGAUCGGGCAGAGUUUCAAACUCUGGAUAAAACAAAGGCCUUCUUCAAUAACGUCAAUGAUGACCAAGCUGAAGACCUCACCAACGACCUUGUCGAACACGCCAUCGGCUUUAUUCGUGCUCGUGGGCUUCACGAUAAUCAAAAGGUCUACGAGUGUGUCGAUGAGAAGGAUCUCAACGAGAAAUUUAGGGAGGUAUCGAAGCCGGCCUUAGCGCGUCGAAACACCGUCAAGCCUCCAUCUCCAUGGCCACUUGUGGCAAAGAUACAAGUCCACCAAUACAUCGACCUUCUUCGCACUGGUCUCGCGCUCGCGGACACUCCAGGCGUCAGUGACUCGAAUCUCACUGUUGUCGAAAACACAACAAACUAUCUUAGUGAUGCGGAGACGAUCUUGGUUUUCGCGAGUAUCGAACGCAUUGCGCAAAAUGAGCUUUUGGAUCAGCAACUCAAGUACUGCAUCAACUUGGGCAAAAUGCAGAGUACGAUCCUGGUCGUCACUAAGAUAGACCUGAAACAGGCGUAUUCCGAGGAUGAGAGUCAGGAUCUCGAGGAAGCCGAUCUCAACUUAUAUCGCGCUGCAGAAGAUAAGUUGGCACGCGCGCAGUCCAAAUCGAGGAGACUGGAGAUUUCAAAGCAGGCCGCGACAGACAAUGACCAAUACCGGGAGCUGGAUGGCCAGUUGAGGUCUUGCAAUCAAGAGAUUGUCAAGGCACAGGGGAACCUUCGUGAAGUCGUUGCUGAGAUUCAGUGUCGCGAAGUUGGCACCGUGAUGAAGGAGAAAUUCCGACAGCUGACCAAGUCUAAGACCGCGCCGGCGCUUCGAGUUCACUUUGUCUCUAAUACCCAGUACCAGCUACACGUAGCUGGCUACAACAUCGCGAACCCGCCCGUGCUGGAUGUGGAGACAACCGGCGUGCCACGCCUGCGUCAUGCGUUAUACACUAUAGCCGCACGCGGCAAGUUUGCUACUCUGAAAAUGAUCGUGAAGCACCGCAUCAUACAGAGUAUGAAAGGUAUUCAAGGCAUCCUGACAAAGAGCAGCCUGGAGCGCAAGGAGGAGUUGCGGAACGAGAUCAAGCAUCAGCUCCAUCUGUUCGACGCCUUAGCUCCUGCCAUCGUCAAGAAGGUUCUACGAUUCUUUGAGGACGGGAUUCGAUCAACAGUGAAAAACAACCUAAAGAUAUGGUGUGCUGAGGGUGUGAAGCUGGCGAAACGUUGGGAGAAGAUGAAACCUGCCACUUUCGCCGCAUUCUGUCGCAAGGGUGGCUUCCACAAGCCACCGAAGACCAAAGACAUUGUCAGCUGGAACAGUCUGAUAUGUGAUAUUUUCCAGAGUCAACUUGCGGAAGCAUGUGACACUUUGUUGGACGAGGUUGACAAAGAAAUCGCUCUCUGGCCUGACAAAGUCUCUGGGACAUUCAGGAAAUUCAAGAUGAAAAUAACAACAUCGCCUUCAGCACAAGGCAUGGAUCUUGCGGAGUUCUUUACCGUUGUCGACAAUGUCCAGGAGGAGCUCAUGGGUGACCUUUGCAUACACGGCGAUCGGCUUCAUUCCAUGAUCCAGAACGUCAAUUCUGCAAUGACAACUGAUGGCAAGGAUAACUACGUGGCCGAAGCAAUGCGAAACACGGAGUGUCUCUCAGCCACGAAGCCGCCUUUCGACAAAAAUCGGCCUCACAAGAAGCGCGUUGAGGCAAUCAGCAAGAAGCUGUCGGGCGAAGGCGAAGAAAGCGUGUUCUUCACAAUGAGUAAGAAAGCCAGACAGAACCUUCUCAAGCGGUUGAAGCACUGGGAGAAAGGUGUCCAGGAGGCUGUCGGAGAAGGCUGCAAGACGAUCAAAGAUGAUUUUGCGGGCCGCUUUCAGACAGCGGAGGAAGCAGAGCAAGCAUCAAAGGACGACAAACACAAGAAGGAAGUCGACUGUCUUCAGCAGGCGGUCGGGGAGGCCCUGAACGCUAUCAAUACCGAGGUGAUGGGCUACAUCAAGGAGUGCGAAGCAUACGAGGAGAGCAGCGCAUGA